UCCAGUCCCACCGGCAUCACACACACACACACACACACACGCGCGCGCGGAGUGGGGCUGCGGGCUGCAGGCUGGACUGUCGGGUGGAGUUGAGAUCUUCACCAUGAAGUGAAGCAGGAGCUCCUCAGUGCAGAACUUCUCCUCCAGCAGGACCUGAGGUCUAACAGGUGUGUGUGUGUGUAUAAUAGAGAUGGGACCUGUACCCCUGAGUCUCCCGCUCGCUGUAUUGCUCCUGCUGUGUACAGAUCCAGCUGUGAGCGCAGGUGAGGAUGAGUACACCUGGCCGCAGAGGAAGAUGCCGCUCGUGCAUGAAAAACAAACGGUGCGUCUGAGCGUCUCAGGCUUCACAGCCGAGCGUCAGUCCGAGCUGAACGGGACGUGUGGGAUCGAAUGUCAGAGUGAGUUUCCAGAGCCGAGCGUGGAGCUUCUCCAGGAGAUGCUUUCUUACGAGACCAUGUACGAGAACGGCACGCGCACGCUGACGUCCGUCACGCUGCAGGGGCUUGAGAUCACGGCCGAAAACGUGUCUUCGUCUUCCAGAUCACGGAGCAAGCGCGAGGUCUACGGCACGGACACGCGCUUCACCAUCUCGGACAAGCAGUACUCCAUGAAGUAUCCAUUCUCCACCGCCGUAAAGAUUUCCACCGGAUGCACGGGUGUGCUCGUGUCACCCAAACACGUGCUGACCGCCGCGCACUGUAUCCACGACGGCACGGAUUACAUCAAAGGAGCAGAGAAACUAAGCGUGGGAGUGCUGCGUGACAAGAAAAAGGGAGGAAAGAAAAGACGAGGGAAGGGAAGAAAGGAGGAGGGGGAAAAAGAGAAAGUAGAAACGGAAUCAGAAGGAAAGAAACAGGAGAGGAAGUCUAAAGGUCGGAAAGGUCGGAGUAAGAGGAGCGCGCCGUCCGGGAAGCCAACGUUCCGCUGGACACGUGUGAAGAAGACACAGAUCCCCAAGGGCUGGUUUAAAGGCAUCUCGGACAGCGCCGAGGCUGAUUAUGAUUAUGCUGUGCUCGAGCUGAAGAAGGGGCAGAAGGGGCAGCACAUGGAGCUCGGCAUCAUCCCCUCCGUUAAGAAACUGCCCGCUUCACGCAUCCACUUCUCAGGGUUCGAUGACGACCGGCCCGGGAACUUGGUGUACCGGUUCUGCUCCGUUUCAGACGAGUCCAACGACCUCAUGUACCAGCAGUGUGAUGCGAAGCCCGGCGCGAGUGGAGCCGGCGUGUACGUGCGCCUGAAGGAGGCGGGGAAGAGGAAGUGGAAGCGGAAGGUCAUCGGGGUGUUUACGGGGCAUCAGUGGGUGCAGGUGAACGGCCAGCAGCAGGAUUACAACGUAGCUGUGAGAAUCACGCCGGUGAAGUUCGCACAGAUCUGCUCCUGGGUACACGGAGACUCCAGCAUGUGCCAGAACACCUGAUGAAAAGAAACUGCCCUGCGUCUUACCCCGUUUACCCCAAUACCCUGCUUUUACGCUUUAUAACAGUGGAGAUACUCAGUGUGAGAAAGUUUAAAAGUUAGAAAAAACUUCAUCUACCCCAUCCUUCACCCUGUCUGCCCGGCCAAAUACCCCAUCUAUCCUAUCCUUCUCCCUGUCUUUCACCCAGUCUCCCCUGUACCUUACCUAAUUUCUUACCCCUAAUUAUCUUCCCCGUCUACCCCAUCCCCCAUCCUAUAUACCCCAUCCCCCUCCCUAUCUACCCCGUCCCCCACCCUAUCUAUCCGAUCUACCCCAUCCCCCACCCUAUCUACCCCAUCCCCCACCCUAUAUACCCCAUCCCCCACCCUAUAUACCUCAUCUACUCUAUCCCUCACCUUGUCUUUCACCCAGUCUACCCCGUACCUUACCCCAUUUCUUACUCUUUCUACCCCAUCCCUCAACCUAUCUAUGCGUCUUCCGCAUCCCUCAGUCUAUUUACUCCAUCUACCCCAUACCUCACCCCAUCUACCACAUCUAACCCAACCCUCACCCUACAGUACCUACCCUAUCUACCCCAUCCCUCACCCUAUUUACCCCAUCCCUCACCAUACCCACCCCAUCCCUCACCCUAUCCACCCCAUCUACCCCAAUCCCUCACCCCAUCUACCCCAUCCCUCACCCCAUCUACCCCAUCCCUCACCCUAUGUAUCCCAUCCCUCACCCUACCUACCCCAUCUUCCCCACCCCUCAACCCAUCUACCGCGUCUACCUCAUCCCUCACCCUACCUACC